AUGUUUAAUCUUUCCGAGAACUCCCGUCUGCGUGGCUCAGGCCACCUGAUCCUCAAUGUCUUCCGCGCCUUCAACAUUAUAGGUCUGCUCGCCGUUGCCGUCGCGAGUUGGGUCCUCAUUGUCAUGUCUGGUCUGACGGGCAAUUUCUUCUUCUUCGAGGCUAUCUCCCAUGCCUUCACCUCUGCCACCGCAGCUCUCCUAAUCUGCUCGGAGCUGAACCUCUUCAAGCGUUACUUUGCCACACGCUGGCCCAUUCUCUCCCCCUACCACGGUCUGACCUGGCUCGGCAUUGCCAUGGUGGUGAUGGGGUGCCACAUUCUGGGGAACCUCAACCGUCGUUCUGUCACCUCUAAGAACAUGGGCCCCCAUCUCUGGCGCCUCGUUCUUGCGGCCGGCAUUCUCUCCAUUACUUUCGGCUUCUUUAACAUUGUCUCUUCUCUUGUCUUCCGCGACUCGGACAACGGCAUCACCGCCCGCAACAUCCGCAGCGACGGCGCCAUUGCGACCUCGUCCACAAAAAACUCCUUCACCGACGCCUAUUCUACGCGCUCCAACUCAGUUCGCAACGAAAAGUCCUUCCGUCGGCUCACGCAGAAGAUCGCUCCAUGGGCUGCCAGCGGCAAGCUCAAGAUCAGCAAGCCCAUCCGCGUCGCGGAUGAUGACGUCGAGGCGAAGGGUCACGACGACCAGCAUAGCAACCCCUAUCCUGAGGACAGGUCGAGCCCCAUCAUGCCCGAAGUUGCACGUCCGCCGACAGCGCUUCAUCCCAUCAACACUCGCUUCACGAGCUACAGCGAGGCGAGCCACAUGAACCGCUUCUAG